UUUCUAAUUUUUCCUAAGUAAAAUUAUAAAAAGUUAGAUUUUGUUAGAUUUAACAAUCCGUAAUACUCCCACAACAAUUUCCGACCAUACGAGUAGACCAGUGUAGCACCUGUUUCAUCACCAGAUAACCAUCCUUCCCGCCAUUGCUGAAGCUGAAUUCCAAAUUCCAGCCAAAUGACUUCAAUUUCUCUUUCUAUAAUCCCAUUUUCAACAAUAAACAAAUCAACCUCUAAUCCCUUUUCAAAUCCCCCAAAAUUCCCGCUUAAUUGUUCAUUAAAUUACCCUUCACAACCCCAAUUUCAAUUAGGGUUUUGGGUGAAAAAUUCUCGAUUUUCUCCAAAUUCUUCCAUCAAUGGAGCAGACCCACUUGGCUCAGUUGAGGUUCUUAGGGUUCCUGAUCAUUGGUUGGAACCUUCCAGAGCUAUUCAGGAAUCUGAAUGGCUUAGAGUGUCACUCCACAAGUGGUUAGAUGAUGAAUAUUGUCCUGAACCAACUAAUGUUGACAUUAGUAGAGUGGCUGCUAAUUCUUAUUACCAGUCAUUACUGCAGAAGACUACUGAUGUGGGUGAAAUUUUGUUGAAGAUGGUCCGAGAACUAGAAACUAUUUCCUACCAGGAAAGCUUUCAUGGAGCUUUCUCUUCUGCCAAUGCUGCUGUUAAUCUAAUUGCUGAGAGGAUAGAGAAUGUUUAGCUUCAUGUCUUCCUUAUUACAUCUUUAUUGCUUCCUGUCCAUCUCCAGCCUUGUCUUCUCCUUGUGUGGGAAUUGAAGGAAAGGGAAAUAGUGGAAAGAGAUUGCUGCAGUGUAAAAGGCUCUUAAGAAUAGUAAUUAAUUGUUCAUAUACUGAUAAUUUGUAAAGAUGUGUGUCACAGGCGUAACUAAUCGAUGCUUCUUGAACUUAUAUCUGUUAAACCUAUCCAUAGGUAAACAGGAACUAUAGUAUGUAAUAAAUCUGUUUCACGAAGAUGGAUUUAUGAUUCUCUUACACAGCUAUACCUAUCAAUCUAUCAUAGAUCUAUUCACAUGAGGAGCA